AUGUUGAAGGAUGUGGGUGGUCCCUUCGCGGAUGACACGCGGAUCUCCCUUGUGAAAAAGCUGAACGAGCUGAAGUUCCCGUCUCUGGAGAAAAGCACUGCGGAUGGGGAGCACACUGCUGAGGAAGGGAAGGACAACAAAGGUGAAGUGACGCCGCCUGCUGAAGCUCCGGACGAGCCUGUGGGAAUGGAGGAGGAGGAAGAAGAAGAAGACGAUGGGUAUCUCAGUGACGACCCGGAGGAGCGUCUUGAUCCAGUGAAGGCUGGCGAGAUUGCUGCGCGCGCGGGUUUCUCGCUUACGCUGCUGAUCCCGAUCAAGUAUGAGGAAGAGGUGGAACGGACGAUUGACACGGUCAAGGGCUUAUUGGCGUUAUGGAAGAAGCACAUGUCGGCGCACAUCUUGACCACAACGAAGUGCCAGGUGCUCUUACCUGCGUGGUUGUCGAAGAAGCGCUUCGGACGGCUGCAAGUUACUUUCCAGCAGGCGUCGGACGCGAACUACGCGUGGUGUCGUAGGGUUGAGCAUAAGAUGCUGAACGGAGUGUGCAUCACCCUGGAUUGGCAGCACCCGGAGAACCCGCUUUACAUCGCUGAACGCGCUGCGCAUCCGGAUGCGAUCGAAGUGCUUCUGAAGAGUGUGCCGGCCGCCAUUACACCGGAGAUGAUCUACGAGUACCUGGUGAAGACGGUGCUGGAGAAGCGCGGCAGGACUCCUUUCCUGAGCGGUUCUGCCUUUCAUCGGGUGGUUGACCCUGUUACAGGGGCGGACACGGACAAGGAGAUGGUUGGUGGGUGCAGCACAUUACAAGGAAGCCGUCGGGCCGAGAUUUCUCACCGAAUGUGCAGGCGGUUCAGGACGUAG